AUGAAUGUACAGCGGCUGCACACCGAGGAUGACGCUGGGAUACGGUACGGCUCUGGAGUAAAAUUAUCACAUAACAGCAUGUCUCGUCGGCGAAAGGAGUUGACCCCAGAUAUCCGAGCCAGGCUCUGUGAGCUAAAGGCGAUUGGAUGGAAAGUCACAAAGAUACACAAGCGGUAUCCUGAUAUCCCGUAUUCGACUAUACGAUCGACAAUCAUGCGGGAGAAUGCGCGCAAGAACCAGCAGUCUUGUCCUCGAUCUGGACGUCCAAAGAAGAUAUCUCCCGAGGAGCAACAACAGCUUCUGGGUCUAGUCGAGACAGACCAGCAUAUCAAGAUGCGUGAGCUUUCUGAAGCUGUUCAAAGCGGGCCGUCAGUGCGUACAGUUCAACGCUUAUUGAGCACGCUUCAAAAGAAGAAACAAAGUAAUAAACAUGCGGGAUAUAUUGCAGAGAGGAUAUCUUCAGAGGUAUCUGGUCUGGAUAGUGCUCGUCAGAGCGUGGGAGCAGGUGAUCAGGUGCUUGAUUAGUCCACCUACACUUUCCGUCACCAAGACGUUAAUUAUCGAGCGGAAUGUCCAUACUGUAUGCUGUGGGGCGUCUAGCAGAUAAGGCUGGUGGAGGCUGCGCAGACAGCCACGUGGAAAAUGCUUGUUGCGAUAUAUGGAACCAAAUUGACGCUUUACAUAAUUCUAUCAGAAACUCAGCACUUCAGAGGACUAGACUUACCAAAGCUAGGCAUUUCAAAUCACGGGACCAACUUAAGCGUAUCAGAUAGUCAGUGGGCCGGUCCCUUUCGCAAUCGCAUGCCGGAAACUACAGCACUCAGCUCGCUUGAGGUCUUUCUUAUGUUAGUGGAUUA